UUUGUAGCUUCGUGAAUAUGUGUAGGACGGUGAUGUAAAAGGCAGCAACACUGAAUCCUGGACUCACAAACUGUCAAACACACAGAGGGACUGGAAUAAACUGACACUUAUUUACCGUACCUGCCCAGCUUCACUUCUGUACACCAGCUCGUUUCUUUUGGGCAUGGAGAAAUCGAAUCAGGAUCGCUUCAACAGAGCCAGACUGCAGGUGAUCAAUGACAGCUAUGAACGGGCGUUCGAGUGCAUUACCAAGGCUCUUUCUGUGGACGAGGCGGGGCGCAAGACAGAGGCUUUGGAGCUUUACUGUCGGGGACGUCAGCACCUUCUCAGAGGGCUCAGCGUGCCCACGCAGGGAGACGAGUGCGUGGGCACUCAGUGGGAUUCUGCACGGCAGAUGCAGCAGAAGAUGCAGGAGACUCUGAACAACAUCAUGUCUCGGUUAACAGCCCUGGAGAACAUCCUGGUUCCUUCAGCUCCUCCUUCUGCUCCGAGCAGACCAGGCAACGGGGCGUCUUCUCAGAACCUCUACCCUACACUCCCAAUGAGAUCACCACCACCCACGGUCCUGUUCUCCAACAGCCAACCUGCAGGCACCGAACGACCACCUGCGUACUCCCCGCAAGCCGCCGAUGGACACGUCAGUAUUUCAUAUGGAACAGCUGCAGGAGAGCUGUCUUUAGUCAGGGAUGAGUUCUACAGCCACACGUCCAGCUCGAGCACCUCGUCACAGAUCCUGGGGGAAGAAGGAGAGGAGCUGUUUUUCCUGCCCAACGGCGUCCAGAUCUUUUUCGUCAGCCCUGAUGGACACGUGAGCGCACCCUCUUACCCAGGAUACCUGCGCAUCGUGAAGUUCACCAACGACCGUUCGGAGACGCUGCCCACCAGGCCACCUGCCUUCCUACAAGUGUGUGACUGGCUUUAUCCCCUCAUGGCCACUGACUCUCCAGUCCUGCUCUGUAGCACAGGAGUCUACAUGUUCCCUGAUUUGAUGGCUCCCUCUCCAGGCUACUACGUCGGCGUGGUGCUGUCCUCUGAACUGCCCCAGUCAGAGCGUGUCCUCUUCCAGGACGUCCUGUCUCACCUGACGGACCUGAGAGUCCAGCCGUCUGGGGAAGCAGAAGACACUAUUAACCUGCCUCAGAAGGUGCCCAUAGAGCCAGUGGUGCCUGAGGUGGCGCCCUCUGCUGAGGAGGAGAACGCACUUCCAGAGUGGAGCGAGAAAGUGGCUCAUGGGAUUCUUACAGGAGCUUCCUGGCUGAGCUGGGGAUUAGCGAAGGGGGCGGAGUACACCGGGAAGGCCAUCCAAAAAGGAGCAUCCAAACUGAGGGAACACAUCACCCCCGAUGACAGGCCAACCCAAGUCAGCCCUACGGUCACUAAAAGCCUCCACGUAGCCAAGCAAGCCACAGGAGGAGCUGUGAAAGUCAGCCAGUUUCUGGUGGAUGGGCUGUGCACCAUCGCUGGUCAUGUGGGCAGAGAGUUAGCCCCUCACGUAAAGAAACACAGCGCUAAACUGAUCCCAGAGUCCAUGAAGAAAGACAAGGACGGACGAUCCAAUAUAGACGGGGCCAUGGUCGUAGCUGCAAGUGGAGUUCAAGGAUUUGCCACGAUGUGGACAGGCCUGGAAACCGCAGCCAAGAACAUCACAAAGAGCGUAGCGACCGAGACGGUCACCACCGUCAAGCACAAGUAUGGGGCUGAAGCAGGGCAGGCCACCGAUCACGCCGUCAACUCCGCCAUUAACGUGGGCGUCGCCGCGUUCAACAUCGACAACCUGGGCGUCAAGGCCAUGGUGAAAAAGACGGGUAAAGAAACCGCACACGCCAUUCUGAAAGACUACAGAGUGCAAGACGGAGAGGCAGAGACGGAGAAACAAGAGGAGAAGCCCAAAGAGCAGAAAUAGACUGCUGUAAUGUAAUGGACAGGGUUCUGCUUUCCAUCUCCAUUAUACAUGGAAAAUUGAAGAAGGGGGGGAAAAAUAAGCGUCAUGCCGUGUUAUGAAUGUGAACGGGUUUACCAUCACGGUGGACAUAAUACUGACCUGCUUUGGUUUAUUUACACAAAAUAACCUCUACUGGCUCUCACUGUCUCAUUAUUUACCAACAUGCUGCCUAUAAAUUCUAGUCGGAGUCUAUUUUUAUACUGAUAAACUCCUCUUUUUAAGAAUCCUAACGGAUGUUGAAGAUCUCUAGCGUUGCCUUAUUAUCUGCUAGCCGUGAUAGUCGUCUACUGUAGUUUCAUCCAGAACACCUUUUACUUUGGCCUUUAUUUGUCAACGUUAUGACUUUGAUGCGAUCAAAAUCUGAACCAUUACAGUUUCACUCUUCAUCCUUUUUUCCUCCCAGCUGUACCCGGAUGACGGACUUGCGUCGGGUCAGAGAGCGCAUAAAUCCGAGCGUUACAUUUCAACAGACCACGAUUUGUGGUUAAAACGAAUUGAAUUCAAACUAGAGUUAACGUAAUACGCUAAUUAUUUCAAUCAAAUCUGGUUCCGUAGCACGUUUAAUUAAUAAAUCAUUCAAGUUUCUUGCCAAGAACAUAUAAUCAAGCAUGGUUAUUAAUCAAAGUCCAUCGAAGAAUAAUAAUAAGUGGAAGGAGCGUCCAGUCCAAGUGGUUUGUAACAGGGUAUAUUAAAGCGGUAUGUUUUCUGCCACAGGAACGUUUACAGGUUUAUCAGUAGCAUAAGUUGUUGUUUUGUUGGUUUUUUUCCCCCCUUUCUAUCAUAUUAACAUGAAGAAAAAGUGAUGGAAUGAUUAUAUGGCUGCUGGAACACGCAGGACCAGGAGCUAACUCGUUUCACGGACGUUCCACAUGAUUAAACACAGAUAUAAAUGGGGAAAAAAAGUAUGUCCUUCUUUUGUAAAUGAAUAAUUGUCAUCCCUCUAGGAUUUCAUGAUUUCGCGAUCGCAGAAACGAACACACAAUCGAGCAAACCCCGCAAUAUUCGGAGGAGCUAGCGAUUUUUUUUAUUUAUUUAUUUUUUUUUUCAAAAUUACCGCAGAGUUUCUGCAGAUUUGGGCCAAGACACGUCAUCAGAACGUAUGAUUCAGCCAAAGCCCUCUUCCAUUCACGUGCGUCGAACAGGAGCGCAGCGAAAAGGUCUCAUUUACCAACAAACAUUACCGGGACAGACCAUUUCUCCAAUUCCAGUACAAAAAACACAGCAAAAUCGAGUCUUCUUCCUAAAUUCUCAUUCAUUCCAGUGUCGGAACCAUUUCAAAAACGGUGCAGAAAAGAGGGAGAGAGUGUGUGUGUGUGUGUGGUUCAGACAAGAACGUACAAUUUGACAUAUAAGGGCCAAAGUUAUUUAGCGAUACACCCCUAAAGUUAAACUAGUAAUGGUUUAGUAAUGUUUCUACAAACAUUCCUGUUCUGUGUCUAAAUGCUGCACUAGAUCUAUAGAUUAUACAUUAUAAACGAUCGAUUAUAGAUUUACAUGCUUUAUUUAUAAAGAUAUAUAUAUAUAUAUAUUCUGUCAUUGCAUCUCUUUAAGCUUUACACUGUUCGAUUACAAGUCAGGUAGAUUAGACGAAAGAAUAUUAAGUCAGAUGUCUUUUUGAAGAUGCGUAUUAUCGACUACUGAUCAUUGAGAGAAAGGAGAUCAAAUAUUUUCAUAUAUAAUUUAGAUUUUUAGAUAUUUUAUUGGAAGUCCUUUUGAACUAAAGCUAAUAUUUGACUGAUGCAUUGCUAUGCAGUUAGUGUGUGUGUGUGUGUGCGCGUUUGCUGCUGUUAUUUUAAUACUUCCAGCCAAGCUAGCAGGAUUGAGAAAUGAUUUGAUUGACAUGUGGGUGAACUUGAUCUGAGCUGCUUAUGUGUACACCAACAUUCAGACACUGCUGUUCCUCCAAAGAAACUCCGACCCGGGCCGUUCGGUGCAGACGUGUCUGGGAUAAAAAUAAAAAAAAAGAAACUAUGUACUCACAUUUUACAAUUGAUGUUAAUAAGGAAAUAAAUAAAUAAAAAUGUUCAUUGAAAUGUGGGGGUCUGCUGCAGGACAACGAUCCAAAACAGAAUUGACAGGAAAAUAGUUCAAAUGUUUCUCUUUUUUUCCCUGUUUCUUUUAAUCUGUAUGAAAGGAAAAGCAACACAUGAUCAAGCAUAGCUUCAGACUGCAAUGGAAAACCACUCGUGUGGGUGUGUGUGUGUGUGUGUGUGUGUGUGUGUGUGUGUCCCUCUUGUUCACUGCAUUCUUCUUACUGUGUAAGCAUUAUAUUUAACCGCAGAUAAAUAAUGGUUAAAUAUUAAUAUAAUUAUCUGACACAAUAAACUGUGCUACUCCUAGA